UGGGUUGCUGGCCGCGCCGGGCGUGCGACGACGCGCUUGCUUGCUGGCCCUCUGCGUGCUCGGCCCCUGCCUUCCAUGUCGGCGCUCGAGAAGAGCAUGCACCUCGGCCGUCUGCCCUCCCGCCCUCCUCUCCCCGGCAGCGGGGGCAGCCAGAGCGGGGCGAAGAUGCGCAUGGGCCCUGGAAGAAAGCGGGACUUCUCUCCUGUUUCUUGGAGUCAGUACUUUGAGUCCAUGGAAGAUGUAGAAGUAGAGAAUGAAACUGGCAAGGAUACUUUUCGAGUUUAUAAAAGUGGUUCGGAGGGUCCAGUCCUACUGCUUCUGCAUGGAGGAGGUCAUUCUGCCCUUUCCUGGGCUGUGUUCACGGCAGCUAUCAUUAGUAGGGUUCAAUGUAGAAUUGUGGCCUUGGAUCUGCGAGGUCAUGGUGAAACAAAAGUAAAGAAUUCUGAAGACCUAUCCGCAGAAACAAUGGCAAAAGAUGUUUGCAAUGUGGUUGAAGCCAUGUAUGGGGACCUCCCUCCUCCAAUUAUGCUUAUUGGACAUAGCAUGGGUGGUGCUAUUGCAGUUCACACUGCAUCAUCCAACCUAGUGCCAAGCCUUCUGGGUUUGUGCAUGAUUGAUGUGGUAGAAGGGACAGCCAUGGAUGCACUCAACAGCAUGCAGAAUUUCUUACGUGGUCGUCCUAAGACCUUCACAUCUCUAGAGAAUGCCAUUGAAUGGAGUGUAAAGAGUGGCCAGAUUAGAAAUUUGGAGUCUGCCCGUGUAUCCAUGGUUGGCCAAGUCAAACAGUGUGAAGGAAUUACAAGUCCAGAAUGCUCAAAAUCUAUUGUGGAAGGAAUCAUAGAGGAGGAGGAAGAAGAUGAAGAAGGAAGUGAGUCAGUAAAUAAGAGGAAAAAGGAAGAUGACAUAGAGACCAAGAAAGAUCAUCCAUACACUUGGAGAAUUGAGCUGGCAAAAACAGAAAAAUACUGGGACGGCUGGUUCCGAGGAUUAUCCAAUCUCUUCCUUAGUUGUCCUAUUCCUAAAUUGCUGCUCUUGGCUGGUGUUGAUAGAUUGGAUAAAGAUCUGACUAUUGGCCAAAUGCAAGGGAAGUUCCAGAUGCAGGUCCUACCCCAGUGUGGCCAUGCAGUCCACGAAGAUGCCCCAGACAAGGUAGCUGAAGCUGUCGCUGCUUUCCUGAUCCGACACAGGUUUGCAGAGCCUAUCGGCGGAUUUCAGUGUGUGUUUCCUGGCUGUUAGUGACCUGCCGUUCGUCCCUCCCUCCUUCAACAUUGAGCUGUUCAAAUACGUUGCACCAGAGGCCACUGUGAUGCCGCUGUCUCCUUACCGCCCUGCCCAGCCUCGUGACAUCGGCUCCCUGUAGAUGGGCACCCCCAGAUGUACAAACCCUUGUGUGUAUUCCUGCCAAACGCAUUGUUUUUCAGGGUCCCCAGCUCCUGCCCCUUCCCUGUGUGGGGGCAGCUCCUGCCAGUUCUCCCAGCCUCGCCAAGGGUGAAGCCACCAUCAGAACUGCUACCCUGGCCCCUCUUCCUGGCACUGGGCAAUGCACCUGGGUCCAAAUGUCUCCCCAGACUCAGGGACCUCCAUUCUUUGGAAUUGUUCUUCCAUGGUCCUGCUCUGCCAUACAGGAUAGGCCAUGCAGGGGGUGGUUCUUAUUCCCACCCCACCCCUUUCAAAAAAUACCAGUCAGGUACAUUUUUAUCUAGUCUUACUCUUCCAGGCUUGGAGGACCCAGAGAGGCCCGAAUCCCUCUCAUCUUUCAUUGUGCAGGGAGGGGUGGUGGAUUGCAUCACAAGAAACCAGCUGAAAACCAGGUCCGGCCAGUCAAAGCACAUGGCCCCCCCGUCCCACUCCCACUGGGCACCUGCCCUGGGCUGAGGCCAGGCUGCUCCCCUCACCUGCCACAGAACAACCCAGGUUAAGAACAGCCCAUGCACAAAGCCUCAGCCUGAAGCUGUGGAAUUGUUUUUAAGAGUCCAAUUGAACCAUUUUCAUCAUCGGUCCCUGGAGGUAUGCAGCGUGCCCGCUCUCCUCUUCUAGACCCAUAGCUGAUCUUCACUGUGUGUGGAAUCCAUGUCGCUCCUCAUCGAACGCCCAGCACCCUCAGUCUUUGCCUUCUUCCAGCUGCUUCCUAUAGUGCCGCAGCCUCCCCUGCUACCAGGCUCGCCCCUUCCCAGGCAGGGCGGGGACGGCUCUGAAGCCCAUCACUUCUGUGUGCUGCGUAAGCCAUGCUCUCCACCCUGUCGCCCACCAACCUCCUCUACCUGUCCUGCUGCACGGUCUGGAGUCUGGGACCUACUUUAUUUGUUAUUUAUGACCUUGUUUAAAAAAAUAAAUAUCUCCCAACCUUUA